CUUUCGCCCCCGCCUCCGCGCCCGUGAUGCUGCAGAAAUUCCACGGCCCUGAUGUCACCCGCGGGGCGGCCCCCGCGCGCCCUGCUCUUCUCCGCGCCCUGCGCUCCGGCCCCAGAUCGCCGCCGUCGCUUCCCCGGGAAGGAGCCCGGGCCGUGGCUGUCGAGGGAGGAUGAGCGACUGCGAGUUCGGCUACGUCCAGGCGCUGGCCCGGGACUACCUGUGCCACGUGCUGCAGCGGCCGCCGCCCCGGCCCGGCCCGGACCGGGUGUCCCGGCUGCUGCGGGCCGUGGCCUCGGCGGUGCAGAGGGACGCGGAGCGGACGCUGCGGCCGAGCCUGGACGACCUGGACGUGGCGUCCGUGGAGGCGGCCCGGGCCGUGUUCCAGGCCGUGGUGCGCCAGGAGUUCGCGGACGGCGUGGUCAACUGGGGCCGCCUGGUGACCGUGUUCGCCCUGCAGGGCAUCCUCGCCAAGAAGCUGCUCCGCGCGCGCGUCGCCCUGGACCGGGACCUGGACGCGGACACGACCGAGGAGAUCGCGUGCUUCGUGGCCGAGUUCAUCACCUCGCAGGCGGGGGACUGGAUCCGGCAGAACGGAGGCUGGGAACACGGCUUCGUGCGGAAGUUCGAGCCCCGGCCGGGCUGGCUGGCCUUCCUGGGGGCGGCGGGCCAGGUCCUACUGUGCGCCCUGAGGCAGCUCCCCUGACGGCAGGGACCCCGGGGGCUGGGAAACCUGGACUCUUGCGGGAGGGACGGCCCACACCCACUUCUCCUCCUUUUGCACAAACAGCACUCGUGGGGCAACUGGAUGGUUCCGGGGCCGCGGACACCGUGCCCCCCUUUCCACAAAUAAAUCGAAUGUACGUGUCU